AUGCCAGGCAGCAGUGCAGGCGGACGUGGUUCGGGAUUUGAAGCUUCCCGUAACGGAUCCGCACAAGAGGCAGCCGCGGCGCAGAACAAAGCCGCAGGGCCGUCACCGGUAGUACCACGUGCCCAAACAACUGGAGCUGCACAGCCUCCAGCCACUGCAGCAGCUCCACAACCUGUAGUAACAGGCGUGGGAAGUCCGAAUACAACGACGAGCACGAACACAGUAAGGCUACAAUUUAAAUGCAUGUGCAUCUUCCCCCGGAUUUUGAUCUUGUUCCCGUGAUUCUUCGGCCUUUUUGGCUCUUAUUUUUGCAGGCUUCUACCUUUAGUUUUUCGCCUGCUUCUACCUCUUUUAUCGAAGAUUCUACCUUUUUUGUAGAUAACCUUAUAUUCCCAACCCGGAUUUGUGUAACAAUGGACGAAAACGGGAACCAGGUAGAUGAAUCCAAGAUCAUGAAUCUGACUCGUCUUAGCUCUAAACACAACAGCAGAAAAACUCCGUGCUCAGCAAGCCGCAAAUGGAAGAGCGAAUCUGACAACUACAGCUGCCCCUCAGCCUGCACAAAGGCAUGUUGUGCCUCAACACACAGCUUUAUGGCGACGUUUACUUGUGACGAAGGUCGUGAGUAUCAAAGGUGAGUAGUAGUCUAAGUAAUCGACGAAUGCGUUCCACAUGAUUUUCAUAGAAGAUCCAAACCUUUUCCGAACUUCAUGGGAAGAAACCAAGACCUUUGGUCCAAAUCUAAAAGUAAAACUAGUAAACAUUAACGUAGAUGGAGGAUCCAACUAGUACAAGAACUCCUUUCUUUUUCCUCCUUCCUUGAGAACUACAACUUCUAGUAUAAGCAUGAUGAUUUUCUCAGCUGAAGGAAGCGGUCGCCGGUCCUUGCUUUCCCUUACUACAACUUCUAGUAAGAAUGAUCAUGGAAGUGGUCGACGGUCCUUGCUUUCCCUUACUACAACUUCUAGUAAGAAUGAUCAUGGAACAAGUGGGCGACGGUGGUCCCUGCUUUCCCUUCUUCAGAUCCAUAUCAUCCCGUCCUUCUUCUGGUGGUCCUUGCUUUCCCUUCUUCACAUCCACAGGAUCCCGUACUUCUUCUAACUGUUUCCGUGGUCCCAGCACCCGCUCCGGAGACGAGGAUGCUGACGCGGGAAAACGUGAACCGGGAGAGCGGAGGCAACAACGCACGCGUUCAGCCAUUUAUGGGAGACGUAGGUGGUGUCCCAGCUUGGCAGGCGCAUAUGGAUUUCGCCUUUGCUGCGCCUGAAGAAACAAUUCCUGAUACUGCUUCCGAGUAAAUUUACCAUAUGAUGUUGCGGACGAUUAGGAUUAGAAGUUCAACUUCUCUACGGAUGACAAAUUAAUUUCUGAACAUGAUCCAAGUGCACAACAUCAACUAGAAAAAAGUAGCAUUUUUUCUACUACUGUUUUCAACAUGCAGUUGUAAUAUAUUUCGAGAGCAUUCUUACUCCACCGUUCCUCGUUAUCGUAUUUUCUUAUUCGAUAGCAGUAUGAAGAAUGCUAGAAUGAACCACUAGAACUUUGCCAACGUGUCAUCAUAUUUUUUGCCCAUCUUCAAUGUAUUGCCCAACAAGUACGAAUACAACAUGCUUAUCCUUCUCAAACUCAAUUCAUUUAUUAUUUCGACGGACUUUCACUACAACAGAAAUGCCCUAGAAGAAAUUAACUAAAAUCUUUUCAGAUUCAGUCAGACCAGCUAUUGCUAUACAGACAGUCGGAAAAGCUAUAAUACAGUGUAGUAAGUAGAAAGUUGUGUCGACUAAGUUAGUAAGUAGUAAAAGUACUAUGACAUUUGACAUUAUCUUGCCUGACUAAGUCUAUUACCAAAAUCUGUUCACAGGAUCCAGAAAAACCAAGUUAUCUACUCUGAAACUUAAUCUAUCAUCAAGAUCAAGAGCAAAGUCCUCAAGAGAGUCGUUAUCCAGCGAGGUUUUUAUACCAAGAACUUCAUCUAGUACUACUAGUUUGGGUUUGCUUGUUCCACUUUCGUCCACCAUAAGGAAGCUUGUAGCUCAGUAGAAGUACAUCAGCCUAUUCUUGCACCAGUGUAGUUAUCAGAUCAUAUAAGUGACCGUAGUCUGCGAAUGAACAGCAACACACAAGUUCCAAGAAUCAUUCUCGAGCAAGAAACCCAUGGAAGAACCUCAGCGUUGUGGAACCGAGCAAGUAACCGAUUUAGAAAGUACUCACGAUGAGUUACUAGUGUUAAUGAUGAUGUAGUUAGUCUAACUACAAAAAUUCUGUUGAAUUCAUCGAUCGCCUUGAGAAGUCACCUGCACUUCAGCUGAGGAGGGUGAGUAUCCCUGCCCCCAUAGAGAAAUGCCAAGCAAGAAUGAAACAGUGAAAAUCGGAAAAAGCACUACAAGAACAAACAAAGAU